CCGGGGACUUUCAAGAUGGAUGCGUUCAAGAGAAUAAGAUAUUUAACUUACGAUUUAUGAAGAAAUAACCCAUAAGGGUACAUCUGUUCCCAAUCAUGGCCACCAAGCGGCCUGCUGAGGAUCAGGCCGCAGGCUCAGGUGGUCCUCCUGCCAAAAAGUCCAUGACAAGGUUUGAUCCUGUCAGUAUUGGCCGAGUCUAUAACCUGGAGGAACUGGACAUGAAGGUGCUGAAGUUCCAGAACAAGAAGUUGGUAGAAAGGAUUGAGCUUCGUCGACGUGCAGAAGAUGAACUGAGAAAAAGAAUCGAUCAGCUGGAGAAUCGUCAGUGCACUGACGAUGCUGUCCUUAUGAUAGUCAACAGAUACUGGAAUCUGCUUGACGAGGAUGCUCGUGUGUUGUUGCAGAGGUUUGAUGCAGAAACGGCAGAUGAAAUGGAAACCAAAAACGAGAGUGAUGCAACAACAGCAUUCCUUACCCUGUUGUCGACCUGGGACAAACAGGAACUGGAGCAGAAACUUGGACAGCGAGUGGAGUUCUCCAAGCGUGCCAUUGGUAAACUACUACAGGCCUUCGACAGGCUUCUCCAGAGAAAUGAGAAACUCAACAAGGCUAUCCAGGACAAAGUUGAAACUGAGGCCAAAGCUCACGAAAUGGCUUCUGUUGCCAAUGAAAUCACAGAGGUGAAGAUAGAACCAGAGGUCAUCGAUAUAAAGAAAGAGGUGCCAGAGUCUGUCAAAGUUGAAGGGACAGAAGUCAAGACAGAGGCAGAACAAGGAGCUGGUGAUGUAUCAACAGCCAGUGUUAAAGAGGAAGGUGAGGGGGAGGACAUCAAACCAGAGACGUCCAUGGAAGUGAAGGAGGAGGGAGAUACUGAGGUGAAAGAAGAACCAGUAGAUGAAGUGAAGGAGGAGGUACCGGAGGAGGAGAAUGUCUUAUCUCUCCGUGACGUAGUACAGAAUGAACUGGUGGUCUUACAGCAGGAAAACAAACAGAUCCACAACAUGGUCACACACCUCCAUGCGCGCCACCACGAACAUACGCUCAAGGUGUCAGAGUUACAAGACAAGCUGACAGCAGCAGAGACAGAAAUAGCCGAGCUGAAAAACAAGAUGGAUGAUCUGGAGUACAACUAUGAGAAGGCCGACUCUCGGGCGGAGAAGUUGGAUCGACACCUGGCCGACGCCUGUCAGAAACUUCAGGGUUACCAGGACACAACUACCAUCAUACCUGUGGAGGGCGGCAAGAGUAUUACAGGUGUUUCUAAAAAUAAGUUUGAUGAGAUCAUACAGGACUUGGAGGAACAGCGAGAACUUGCCACCAACAGGAUGACAGAAUUAGAGAAACUCAGUAAAGAACAUCAGGAGGCUCUCACAGAAAUUGAAAAAUUAAAAAUGGAUCUCCAACACCUGCCUGAGAGUGUGAUCGUGGAGACAACAGAAUAUAAGUGCCUACAAUCACAGUACUCUGUCCUCUAUAACGACAACAUGCAGUUCCGUACUCAGAUAGAGGAGUCGAGUAGCCGACUUCAGAACAGUAAAAAUACCCAUCUCCGACACCUGGAACAGAUGGAGAGUGAUGAGCUGGGAGGACAGAAGAAAUUGAGGGGGGAAUGUAUACAGUUGGAGGACGCUCUAGCACAGGUCAGGAAGGAGUACGAGAUGUUGAGGAUCGAGUUUGAACAGACUCUGGCACAGAAUGAACAGACAGGACCAAUUAACCAUGAGAUGAGGAAUUUGAUCCAAAGUUUACAGAAACACAAUCAGCAGCUGAAAUCAGAAUCGGGCAGGUACCGACGACGGGCAAAGGAAGCACAGGCAGAGUGCACCAAGAUCAAAGCAGAACUUGCUGCUAAUGAACAAAAACCAAGCAACAAUGGAACAGGUGAAAAUUCUGGGGUUGCUGGUACUCAUAGUAAUUCAGGUUCUCAGGGAGCAGAAACAGUCCCCACGAAGGACCAAGUUCCUUCACCUCCUACCCCAACCUCCAGCAGUAAGUCUGAACCACUCGAACCACCAGCUUGUAUUCUAACCAAAGAGGAGGACAGGGAUGACCUUGAGUACAGAGAGAAGGGCAAAACUGACCUUGAGGUCAUCAAAGAUUUACGGUCACAGCUGAAACAGGCGCAGGCUAGUCAGAAGGAGCUGAAACUUUUACUGGAUAUGUACAAGUCGGCUCCCAAAGAACAGCGCGACAAAGUACAGCUGAUGGCCAGUGAAAAGAAAGCAAGACAGGAAAUAGAGGAACUCAAAACACAUAUUAAGAAAAUGCAGGAGACAGAGCGUAAAGAGAGGCGAAAACUAGCAGAGGAAGACGCAAUCAGAAAGAUAAAGAAGAUGGAAGAAACAAUAACAGAACUACAGAAGAAUUUGACAAGUCAGAAACAGAAGGAAGAGGCUUUACUGGACGAAAUGGAGGUAACUGGCCAGGCGUUCGAGGACAUGCAGGAACAAAACACACGUCUACUUCAACAACUCAAAGAGAAGGACGACGCUAACUUUAAACUGAUGUCAGAGCGAAUUAAGUCCAACCAGAUUCAGAAGUUAUUACGAGAGGAGAAGGAGGUACUGGCUGACCAGGUGAAUACUAUCCACUCCCAGGUCGAGGCUCAAAACAUUGUAGUUAGGAAACUGGAGGAGAAGGAACAGAUACUGCAGAAUACGCUGUCUACUAUAGAGAAGGAACUCGGUCUGACACAGCAGGCCAUGGAGAUGCACAAGCGUAAGGCCGUCGAGAGUUCACAAACUGCGGCCGACCUGAAGCUCCACCUGGACAAGUACCAGGCCCAGCUGAAGGAGGCUACAGUCCUGGUGGCCGAGAAAACAGGAGCCCUGGAGCAGGAGGCUUACAAACACAAGAGGAUGCAGGAAGAAAUAGCUAAGCUGCAGAGAAAGUUGGAACGAACAAAGAAGAUAGAAAUGGCGGGUGCUGCUGAUGAGGUUCUCAUGGCAGAGAUAGCAGAGUAUAAAGAACAGCUGACAUGUCCCUCGUGUAAGGUGAACCGUAAGGAUGCUGUGUUGACCAAAUGUUUCCAUGUGUUCUGUCUCGAGUGUCUCAAGACACGGUAUGAGACGCGUCAGCGAAAGUGUCCCAAGUGUAACGCAGGUUUUGGUGCAAAUGACUAUCACAGACUUUACCUCGCAUAGCACUGGCUUUGUAUCCAUAUAGCUCUGAUCCUGUGUAGUGGGGCAGCAAUAAGGAGGGGCUGUCUGAUCCUGUGUAGUGGGGCCACAAUAAGGAGGGGCUGUCUGAUCCUGUGUAGUGGGGCCACAAUAAGGAGGGGCUGUCUGAUCCUGUGUAGUGGGGCCACAAUAAGGAGGGGCUGUCUGAUCCUGUGUAGUGGGGCCACAAUAAGGAGGGGCUGUCUGAUCCUGUGUAGUGGGGCCACAAUAAGGAGGGGCUGUCUGAUCCUGUGUAGUGGGGCCACAAUAAGGAGGGGCUAUCUGAUCCUGUGUAGUGGGGCCACAAUAAGGAGGGGCUGUCUGAUCCUGUGUAGUGGGGCCACAAUAAGGAGGGGCUGUCUGAUCCUGUGUAGUGGGGCCACAAUAAGGAGGGGCUGUCUGCCUCAAGUGUAACUCUGAUGGAAGGAGUCUGAUUCAUCGAAAGUCUAGCAUGCAUGUUGGAUAUCAUAUUUGGUCAUUGGACUAAAAUUAUGAAAAGAGGGCAUGCUUUGUGUAUUUUCAAAGUCAGUUGUACUCAAAGGAAGGCAUGGACAGGUAUUAAAUCCUCUCUUCGACUGAGAGUCAGUUGAGAUCAGACAAAGUGAUAUAUGAUUGCUGAGAUGUAGGUUGGCACAAGUAUAGUUAACCACAAGUGAUUUGAAUUAGAUCUGGAUAAAGUAAGAGUGUAUCCACUGUGUAUGAUAGAGCUGUGGAAGUAUGCCUCAUCCAACAGCAAUCUAACUUUAUACUGUUUGACUGAAGUAAGCCCUAUGGCUAUAUGAUUGCAUUUCUAUUUAUUUUCUGAAAGUGAAUUGUUUGUGCAUUUGGGCCCUUCCAUUGUCAAAUAUACGGGUCCUUUCAGUUCAAAGGGGAGCAAUUGUUCAGAGGUAACAUGAUUUGUCCCCUAAAAACCUCCUUUUAAAAAUUAAGUAGCAUGUACACUGAUGUUUAUGAUUUAAGUAAUUUAUUUAAUAUGCUACUUUGUAAUGUGGUAGUUCAUUUUCCAGAAAAAUGUGUUCCAUGCAAACUUCUAGUAUUGAAAUAUGGUAGUUUAGGUCAAAGAAAAAUAUAAACAAACAUUAAGCAUUGAAUUAAUAGUUAUAAAACAUUUUGAUUUAACUUCAUAGAUAAAAAAUACUGGAACAGAUGAUUAGUGAAAUUUGUCCCCUGAUAAAAAAAGUAUAUAUGUGUUAACAGAAAAUUUUGUAUCACAGUAAACAAGAAAUGGUAACUUGAUUAUUAUUGUCAGAUAACUUAUUUUCAAGGCUUAGAAUUAGUCAUUUACAGCAUGUUUAAAGUGUUAUGUUUUUGUCGUUUGAAGACUUUUCUGUUGCUGUUUUGAAUGUAGAUAGAUAGAAUCUCAGAUCUUGUGUGACGAGAGAAAUCUCAGGUUAUAGUUCAGCUUUAGAUCCAGGUUCUGCCUUUGAUAUAUCUGAAGUCAAAAUUGCAUUGUCUUCAUUACAGGUUACACAUUUUCCUUCUCUAAUUCCUGAUCAUACCAAGUGACAAAACUGCUAAUUCAGUCUUACUGGUAAUAUUCACAUAAAUUUGAGACACAUCCUGUGGAAGGUGUGAAGUGAGACAUAUUUAAUAAAUAUUUGAUAUACGUGUAUAUAAAAUACACAAGUUAGGAGAGAGUAUGUAUGAAUGAUCUUAUCUAGCAAACACGGGAGUGCUAUAUAAUUCACUUGUAUGGUCUCUUCAUUUGCACAGAAGAUGGUGUGCAAGAUGUCAAGUACUGGUGUGUUAUAUAUUGACUUGCAUGAAAGCCUGUGUUUGGAUCCGAGACUUGCAAGGCUGAGUUUCAUUUCAUUGUAUGUAUUACAUUUCAUCUUUUAGUUUACACCAUGAAUACAAGUUGAUAAAAUAUUGUAUGUUGUGCUAUUAAUGAAUUCAGUGUUGAGAAGAAUGAGAUUUGUAUAUGAGGUUACCAGUUAAAUGGUAUAUGUGUGUGUGUCAUUAUUUAGUUAAAUUGACAUUAAUAUUUUGAUGAAUGGAUUCUAACAAUAAAUUGAAUGUAUCACAAAAUGUA